AUGAACUCAUGUAGAACUCAUUCCGCUGUUCGACGUGGCCGAGCGCGGUCAACUCAACCAAAAGAGCCCGAUGCACCAGGUGGCUUAAAAGAUUAUUCCGAAUCUGAAACAGCAUCCUUUGUUUCACUACAAAGUGACAUUAGUGAUGCUCGACGGUCGAGCCUCGAAGAGACACCAUCCGAAGAGCAAUCUCGUACAGAAAAACCUCGUCGUGGAAAUCCACCCAAAGUCAUGCCAGGGGCACCUCGAGGUGCUGGUGUUCAAAGUGUAACAACAGACUUUGCAGCAAUGCAUGUUGGCACAGCCAGGAGUGGUCGAUCAAGUAGUCGAUCAAUGCCAUAUUCGAAUGUAUCGGAAAAUCGGUCACAGGUCGGCGAAAAGCGAGGUGGAUCGGGUGAUCCGAUUAAUAUCAUCGCAAAUUAUAUAAAAGUUCUAACCAAACCUGAAUGGGAAUUAUUCCAAUACCAUACUGAAUUUACGCCAGACAUAGAAAACAGACGUUUCCGACGCGAAAUUAUCAGUCAACAUCGUACCUUAUUCAAAGAUGUUGCAUUCGAUGGUACAACAAUCUACACUUUCGAUGAUCUGGGCGAUUCACAAGACUUUGCUUGUCGUCACCCAUCAAUGCCUGACGAAGUCAGAGUUGUUGUACGAAAAGUAGCACGAAACUCGCCUAAUUCACCUGUGUUUUUUCAUAUGGCAAAUCUUAUCGUUCGAAAGCUUCUCGAAUUAAAUGGCAUGAAAUUAAUCGGUCGAAAUUACUAUCAAUUCGAUCGUAAAGUUGACUUAGACCGAUACAAUUUAACGUUAUUUCCUGGCUUUUUGACUAAUGUGAAUAUUUAUGAAGGCUCAUUGAUGAUCAAUGUCGAUUUAUCUCAUAAGGUUUUAAAUAAAACUACUGUCCACCAACGUCUACAAGAUAUAUUCAGUCAAUAUCAAGAUAUCAAAUAUGCACAAGACACAGCGACGAAAGAAUUAGUUGGUCAGAUUGUUUUGACAACAUACAAUUCAAGAACAUAUAAAAUUGACGAAAUCGCAUGGGAAUAUUCUCCAAUGCAGACCUUUCCAAUGCGUGACGGCACAGAAUACUCGUUUUUACAAUAUUAUCGUGAAAAAUAUCAACUGAAUAUUAUUGAUCAUACACAGCCGUUACUAGUCAGUAGACCAUCUAAGAAAGAUCGUCGAGCUGGUGUUACAACUCCGUUUCUACUGAUCCCUGAAUUAUGCUGUGUUACCGGUAUUAGUGAUGUAAUGCGAUCUGAUUUUCAUUUUAUGAGAGAAUUGUCGAGUUACACACAUGUCGAUGCAGUGGCUCGUUACGAUCGUCUUCGACAAUUUGUUACUGACUUGGAUCAAAAUCCCGACUGUCAGGAAGAAUUAUCUAAAUGGAAUAUAAAGCUCGACAAUGAUUUAAUCAAGUUCGAAGCCCGAGUAGUUGAUGCUGAAGAGAUCUUAUAUCGUGAAAAUGUUGUUCGAUAUAAUUACACCGAUAUUGGAGUCGUAAUUGUCGCAAUGUACGGCAUGUUAGUGCUAGACCGCUUAGACAAUGGGUAG